AUGAGGCCGGCGGGGUCCAAAUUCACAAGAAAUCCACAAGAAUCCACAAAAACCAGGCGACCCAGAGCAGGCAGUGACAGACGUCACAAAUUUACAAGAAAUUCACAAGAAAUCCACAAGAACCACAAGAAUGAGGCCAGCGGGGAAGCUGGCAAAGACACGGACAUCAACAGUACAAAAACAUUGUACGAGUCUGGUUUCAAAACGCCAAAAAUCCUUAAGGACAUGUUCUGCAAGUUAGCUAAGGAAAGACCAUCAAGACUUCGGGAGCUCAGAACAUGCGGUUUUACUCUUGCCGGCACAGCACUUAUGGCACAUAUACUGGAUUGUCCAUCUGGCUAUGUAUGCCGCUUGAGCUCGUUGGAGAAUUGGCUGUAUUUCCCAAGUACUGCGAAAAAUCUUAUCAAUCGUAUCAUCGCCAUAUUCAAGAUAGUCUGGAAUAUCAAGAAGAUAUUACAAGAUGUAUUAGAAACAAUCAAUAGUACUGAUGUCACCGUCUCCUUUAUAAGCUCACCAACUGUCACUAAGCUCCCACCUUGCUUUACUCCUGUUCCCAAGGUCAGCAAAAAGCGCAGCAUGACGAGCAAGGGAUCAAGCAGCCGAGCAGCGAAAGUCCAGCGUGUUGACGAAAGCAACAAUGACGAAGAAACAGCUGGUUAA